CAGCAGAAGAACAUUUUCAGCUUGCAUUUGCAGUUUCACUCUCCUGGAAUCUAUUAGCUGAAACUACAACACGCGAUGUCACGGUUUACAGUUCCUCCUCUUCCUCUGGUGUUUCUGCUCAUGAUUCCAGGUGUUUAUGGCCAGUAUGGUUGGGAUGUGAGUUACAGCUCUACACACAUCUGUGCACUGAAGGGGUCAACAGUGACAAUGAGCUGCACUUUUAGAUACCCUACUGGAUAUCAGAUCAUAGAAGCAUUUUGGACCAAAACACAAGUUAAAGAGAAACAUGAAGAGUUUCCAGAUCUGUCUAAGGAUCCUGAAUACAGUCAGAGGCUUCAGUAUCUGGGAGACAAACAGCAGAACUGCACCAUCAGACUGAGUCAUGUAACACAGAAGGAUGAACACAUGUACUGUUUCAGAUUCAUCACUGAUAAACCUGAUGGAAAAUGGCUUGGUUAUCCAGGAGUGACUCUUACUGUCACAGAUCUUCAGGUGGAGGCUCCUGAGAGAGUGACAGAGGGUCAUAAUGUCAGUCUGACAUGUAAAAGCAGCUGCACUCUGACUGACAGAGCAACAUUCAUCUGGUACAGAAACUCACAGCCAUUAACUGAGAGAAGAGACGGAAACAAUCAACUCCUGCUGCAGUCAGUCAGAAGAGAGGAUGCAGGCAGAUACAGCUGUGCUCUACAUGGACACAGUUACACAUCACCUGAUGUGCAGCUGAAUGUCAGAUAUCCUCCAGUGAAUCCUGUGAUCUCUGUCAGUCCAUCCGGUGUAAUAGUGGAGGGAGAUUCAGUGACUCUGAGCUGCAGCAGUGAUUCAUACCCUCCUGCAGAAAUCAGAUGGUUUAAAGGAGGAACAUAUCUGAAUUAUGGAGAGACAUACAGCAUCUCAAACAUCAGCUCUGAUCACAGUGGAGAAUACAAGUGCAAGUCCAGAAAUGAACAUGGAGAGAAAUACUCUGCUGCUGUGACUUUACACGUCAUGUACGCACCCAGGAGCGUCUCAGUGUUCAUAACUGGAUCUGGAGAAAUAUUGGAGGGAGAUUCAGUGACUCUGAUCUGCAGCAGUGAUUCAAACCCUCCUGCUCUGAACUUCAGCUGGUUUAAGGAGAAUCAAAGCUCAGCUGUUGGAUCUGGACAGAGUUUCAGUGCACUACAGAGUGGACGCUUCUACUGUGAGGCUCACAAUCAACAUGGAUCUCAGAUAUCAGCGGCAUUAUCAGUGACCGUGCUUCAUGGUCUGCGUUGGCAUGUCUGGUUGGGAAUCACAGUGGCAUUUGUAGGAUUAUUCAUCAUUAUCAUCAUCGUUGUGUUCAUAAUCAGGAGAAAACGAAGAGGUGCAAAAGCUGAAGAAGCCACAGUAAAACAGGAUAAUCUGUACUCUAACGUAACUGAGAUGGACGCUUACGUGUCUGAAUCAGCCAUUUGUGAUGCCGCUCCAUAUGCCAGCAUUUCAUCCAGCAAACCCAGAAGAGAUGGAGACAGAGAUGCUGAGGAGAUCCAGUAUGCCACUGUCCAACAUCACAAAAACAAACCGAUGAAGAGAGCAAAGGAGAGCGAAAACCAGUACGACAAUCUCAGGAUUCACCAGCCUGCUGCUGCCGUGAGGCGAUUGGAUGUGGAGACUGUGGAAGAGGUCUCUGUGAUCUACAGCCACGUCAGAUGAAUGACAGACCGUCAUGAAGCCUGUGUUCAUCUCGGCUGCUGGGAAAAGCAAAAGCCAAACAUAUUUGCUGAAUAUGAACAAAUAUGAAUUAAUGUCCUUGAAUGUCCUUUGGCUGUUUAAUUUAGCAUGCAGUUUAACAAAAUGUAUGGCAUAUUAUUCAUUAAAUCAGGUGAACAGAUGAGCUGAAAAA